CCGGCAAAAAGUGUGCAAAUUGCUCCGUGACCGCAGUCCAUCGCAGGGAGCCGAUCGCACAGCACACACUCUCUUGCUCGAGCACUCGAACAAAAUCCAGCAAACUGACUGUAAUAGGUGUUUCUAUUAAAUAGAAUAUAUUUCGUAAAUAAUAUGGACAUGUCAGAAUUUCUCGUCUACGUCGGCUUCUAUGCCCUCUCCACGUAUCUCUACGAACAAUUGCGGACGCCCCUUAGGUUAUUGGGGAUGUGGUUGAUGAAUAUUUUUAAAACUAAACCCACGCUCCAGGAACGCUACGGAGGCUGGGCGGCAGUCACAGGAAGCAGCGAUGGUAUUGGCAAGGAGUACGCCAAGGAGUUGGCCCGCCAGGGCAUCAACGUGGUCCUGAUCGCCAGGAACGAGGAGAAACUUGAGACGGUUGUCAAGGAGAUAGAAAACGAGACUGAUGUCAAAACAAAAAUUGUAAUUGCUGAUUUUACAAAAGGUACUCAGGUCUACGAGCAUAUUGAAAAGGAACUGGCCGAAGUGCCUAUUUCCAUACUAAUUAACAACGUUGGUUCUGGAAAACCACUCUCUCUGCUAAAAUGGAGUCAUGAAGACACUCAGAACAUCAUUGAGACCAAUGUGGUGGCCGUUUCGCAUUUAUCCCGCAUCUUCUUCAAGCGGAUGAAGACGGCUGGCAUUAAAGGAGCCAUUGUCAAUGUCAGCUCUGGAACUGAGCUCCAGCCCCUUCCCUACGGAGCCUAUUAUGCCGCCUCUAAGGCCUACACCAGGAGCUUUACCCUGGCACUGCAAUAUGAGGCCAAACCCUUCGGAAUUCAUGUGCAAUUAUUGUCCCCAAACUUCGUGGUGACCAAAAUCAAUUCGUACUCCAGACGAAUCAUGGAGGGAGGACUGUUCAUUCCCACGGCUGAGGAGUAUGCCCGUAGUUCGGUUAAUCAGUUGAGGGAUGGAGUGGACGAGACACCUGGUUAUUUCUGGCAUCAUGUUCAAAAUGCCAUUGCAACGGCCCUCACCUGGCGGAUGCGGACGUUUGUUUCCUUCAAGUUCUUCAACAGUGUGACGGAUAAGACUAAGCUAAAGGAGCAAGGGAAAUAAUUAAACUUUUAUAAUGCAUAAUUAAUAUUUAAAAUAAUACACAAUAAACCUUAUACUUAUACAAAAUAUAAUUGUUUA